AUGCAGCUUGAAGGGGUCUGGGGCGAGACAGACAACGACCGGCGUGAUAUGCUUCGUCUUGGCAAGAAGCAGGAAUUCAAGCGGAACUUCUCCUUCUUGAGCGCGCUGGGUUUCGUGUCGGUCUAUAUGGCCACAUGGGAGUUUGUGCUGGUCAGUUUAUCGGUAGGGUUUUCCAAUGGGGGGUUUGCUGGCCUUUUUUGGUGCUUCAUUACGACGGUGACUUGCUAUGCCACGAUCGUCGCCAGUCUCGCGGAGAUGGAGUCAAUGGCCCCUACGGCGGGUGGACAAUAUCACUGGGUGAGCGAGUUUGCGCCGCCUCAGUACCAAAAGAUCAUGUCAUAUGCCUCUGGCUGGAUGAGUACUCUAGGUUGGCUAGCAAGCGUGGCAAGCAGUACCUAUGUGGUAACCACCCAGAUCGAGGCGAUGAUACAAGUGACCAAUCCGGAAUAUGCCUUUGCGAGGUGGCAGGCUACACUCAUUAUGAUUGCAUUCACUGUGUUGACGAUCUUCUUCAACACGUGGGGGGCGCCUGUUCUGCCUGGACUGGAGGUUGCUUGCCUGGUAGGACAUCUCGCUGGAUUCCUCGUUGUCCUGAUUCCACUAUGGGUACUGUGCCCCAAGAAUAGCGCCGACGAUGUCUUGCUCCACUUUGAGGAUAACAGUGGAUGGGGAAACAUCGGCACAGCAUACUUGAUCAGCCAAGUCUACGUGAUGUACUGCAAUCUGGGCUCCGACUCAGUGGUGCACAUAUCCGAGGAAGUGGAGGAUGCUUCAUUCAUCGUUCCACGAGUCAUGUGGUGGUCGUACUUGGGAAAUGUCGCAAUGGGAAUCGUCAUGUUGAUCACCAUGCUGUUCUGUAUUGGACCACUAGACUCGGUGCUUGAAGCAGACAUUCCAUACUUACUGCUCUUCAACAAUACCGGAAGUCCUGGGUUGUCGAUUGCACUGAACGUCAUCCUCUUCUUGCUUAUCUAUGCUGGCAAUAUCACAGCCCUAGCCACCUGCGCCCGUGAGGUCUUUGCAUUUGCUAGAGACAAAGGACUACCUUGGUCUAAACAAGCCGGCAAGAUGGAUAAGAAGUGGAAUGUCCCAUUCAAUGCCGUCUAUAUCACCUCAGUCGCGGUUGUGCUUCUGUCGCUCAUCAACAUCGGCUCGACUCUGGCUUUCAACAUUAUUGUCUCUUUGUCGCUACUUGGGCUUUUUUACAUCAAGUCUUAUAUGCUCAGCAUUGGCUGUGUCCUUCUGAAGCGCAUCAAAGGAGAGCCACUUCCGCCAGCAAGAUGGAGCCUUGGACGAUUCGGGCUGCCGAUCAAUGCUUUCGCAUUCAUGUACUCGGCCUUCAUCAUCAUCUUCAGCUGCUUUCCGACGAACCUUCCCAUCGACCUGUCGACGGCCAACUGGGCCCCUCUGGUCUGGGUAGCCGUGAUACUGAUAUCUGUGGUGUUUUACGUAGUAUAUGGGAAGAAGCAUUACACGGCGCCCGUCGAAUUUGUAGAAGGCAGGAAAGCAGAGGGCGUCGGUCUGGACUCUGCAGUCGAGCUGACUAGAACGGCAAGACCAAACUCGCACAGCACCGCAUUCGACUGA